AGAAAAAAGGGGGAUCAUUCUCCCGGUCAUAUAACGCCACAUCUCUCUUUCCUCCUCUCCACUGGCGGCUUAAGCGACGCGUAACCGACACCCCGUGCUCCUCUCCCAAACCAAAGGCGCUUUUUUUGCUUUGCUAUGCGGAACCAAGAGCCAUGAAAAUGCUUCGAUUCCGGAGUCCGAGCGUCUCCUCCCUCGCGCAGGAGGUCCAGUGCACGGUUCGGCUGCUCGACGACUCCGAAAUCUCGUGCAGCAUCCAGAGAGACACUAAAGGGCAGUUUCUCUUGGAUCACGUGUGUAAUCAGUACAGCCUGCUGGAGAAAGAUUACUUUGGCAUCAGAUAUGUGGACCCAGAGAAACAAAGGCAUUGGUUGGACCCGAGCAAACCAGUCAUGAAACAGAUGAAAUGUCAGCAGCCGUACACUAUGUGCUUCAGGGUGAAGUUCUACCCUCAGGAACCAAUCAAGAUCAAGGAAGAGCUGACAAGGUAUCUUCUGUACCUGCAGUUGAAGAGAGACGUGUACCACGGUAGGCUGUUAUGUCCGUUCGCUGAUGCUGCGUAUCUUGGAGCCUGUAUAGUACAGGCUGAGCUUGGGGACUACGAUCCUGAGGAACAUCCUGCAGACUACAUCAGCGACUUCAAGCUCUUCCCCAAACAGACCCUCAAACUAGAGCGCAAGAUCGUGGAAGUCCACCAGAAUGAGCUGAGGGGUCAGUGUCCUGCUCUCGCUGAGUUAAAUCUUCUUCAGAGGGCUAACACACUGGACACAUAUGGAGUCGACCCACAUCCCUGCAAGGAUUUCACAGGAUCCACAGCCUUCCUGGGAUUCACUGCAAGAGGGUUUGUGGUUUUCCAGGGAAAUAAGCGGAUCCACCUUUUAAAAUGGGCAGAUGUCAGCAAGUUUAAGUUUGAAGGGAAAACGUUUUAUGUGAUUGGAGUGCAAAGAGAGAAGAAACUGGUUCUGACGUUCCACACCUCCACACCAGCAGCCUGCAAACACCUGUGGAAAUGUGCCGUGGAAAACCAGGCUUUUUACAAAUGUGCAAAGUCCAGUCAGAUCAAGACUGUGUCCAGCAGCAGUAUAUUUUUCAAGGGAAGCAGAUUUCGCUACAGUGGUCGGGUGGCUAAAGAAGUCAUUGAAGCCAGUUCAAAGAUUCAGAGAGAUCCUCCUGUUGUACACAGGUCAGGAGCUGUAGAGGGCUCAGAUAUGGAGGUUUUCGGAGAGCAGGAGGAGCGUGUGGUGGCUCGUGAAAUGGUUGCUGAGGAAGCUCUAUGGGAGGAGGAUGUAGAUGAGGUUCUGAACGCGGCUCUGGAUGAGAGUUUGGAGGAGCGAGCGGAUGCCAUGCGCUGUCAGGUGAAGAUCACCACACGUCACAACCUGCAGCUCCGCAUGGCCAACUACACGGCACGAGACGUCUACGUGCGGCUGCUCGGCCAUGGAGAUCGCAUCUCAGGAACCGGACUGUCGGCUUUGAAAGACUCGGUUCAUCUGUCUCCACUGAAACCAUCGGUCACUCCUGAAGAGGUGGAGGUGGAGGAGAGGGAAAACCACGUUCAGGAAGACGAGCCAGUCAACAGGACGAGAGCGGAUGAGGACGUAGACCAUGAAGAUGAAGCGUGCGCGGCUCUCACCAUAUCUGACACAGCGUACAGCCCAUGUGCCAGCGUGGUGCCCACACCGGUGGAGGAGAGCCAGGGCGGCCUAGACCUGCUGUUCCAGAGUCCCGCGCGCCUGCUGAAGGAGCUGCACGCUGACCCAGAGAUGCAGCUGGAGCUCCAGGCCGAGAGGGAGCGGGAACUCGCCAGAGAGGCGUUUCGUCAGUCGCUGUGCAGCCCGUCGAGUGGACGGCAGCAGAUGCAGGCGUGUCUGCUCAGUGCCGCCCGUCUAGUGGUGAUGGCCACGGGUCUCCUCAUCAUUCUGCUUCCCCUCCUCCUCGUGCUGCUGGAGUCGGACCUGGACAUCUCAUUCUUGCACGACAUCCGGCAGACGCCGGAGUUUGAGCAGUUCCACUACGAGUACUACUGCCCCCUGCGCCGCUGGAUCCUCUGCAAACUGGAACUCAUGACGGAGCAGUUCUGGGGCGACUGAGGCUCACAGGGAACAGGGGGCGGGAAUAUAAUGGACAGGACAGGUUUGCUCUCCUACAUCACAUGAUUUAUUCAUUCACAUCUUUUGCGGAUCACGCCGAUGUGUUCUCGUAGCAGUACUGGAGGCAGUUUUCUAGCGGUAGCGCUGUAGUUGUCUAGUGUUUUAGCCAUAGUGUUAGACAGCGGACAGCAGCAUGGGCCUUUAAAUGGUUAAGUCAGCUUCAUUAAAGGUGUACGACAAGCACAGCUCUGAUAUAAAUGCAUUGGAGCAUCAUACAUUUCAACAUUGAUGAUGGAUAUGUAUGCCUCUUCAAUAUUUUCAUUCAUUUCACCUGCCUGUUGUCAGAAACAUGAGUGUCGGUCAGGGUCCAAAAUUAACUUUUUGCCCUACAUUUCAAUGAUGAGUGAAUUUUGUGGAUGGAUAAUUUUAUUAAAAAAUUUUUUGCAGGUUUUUCUUUGUUUUGGUCUUCCUACGACUAUUAAUAAACCCCCUUUCUGUCUAAUAUAUGAACGU